AUGAGAAAGAAGAAAUACACUUCCUCUGCUAACCAGCUGCACAACAGACCUAUCACCAAGCGGAUGUUGCCAAAAAGCUUCUGCUACAUAACAGCAUUGGACAUGGCGCAACCACAAAAAGAGCACUGUCUGGAAAAAACUAACUUACAGCUCCAUAACAAAACCGCUAUAUCAGGAUACCUGCUGCUUAUUGCCGUCAUGCUUGUUGCUCGAACAUAUUGUGACGUGUGGAUGAUUCAGAAUGGCACCAUGAUUGAAAGUGCAAUUAUCGGUCGCACAACAAAAGAUUUCAAGAAGUACUUGUUCAACUUUAUCAAAGUGAUGCCACUUAUAUCGCUGAUAAAUAAUUUUCUGAAGCUGGGUCUCAAUGAGCUCAAACUCCGAAUUCGUGUAAGGCUCACCAGACACCUCUACGAUGAGUACCUAAAAGGGUAUACCUACUACAAAAUGGGUAACCUAGACAACAGGAUAGCCAAUGCAGAUCAGCUGCUAACCCAAGAUGUGGAGCGGUUCUGCAACAGUGUUGUGGACUUGUAUUCCAACUUAAGCAAGCCUUUACUUGACAUAUGCUUGUACAUCUUCAAGCUGACAAGUGCAAUAGGUGCACAGGGGCCUGCUAGCAUGAUGGCUUACCUUAUCGUUUCCGGGCUCAUUCUAACACGGUUAAGAAGACCAAUUGGGAAAAUGACAGUGACAGAGCAGAGAUAUGAAGGAGAAUACAGAUAUGUCAACUCUCGACUCAUCACAAACAGUGAAGAGAUUGCCUUCUACAAUGGGAACAGAAGAGAAAAACAAACGAUACAUACAACCUUCCAGAAACUGGUUGAUCACUUGCACAACUUCAUCUUCUUCCGUUUCUCUAUGGGGUUUGUAGACAGCAUAAUUGCUAAGUAUCUUGCUACAGUGGUUGGUUACCUAGUGGUGAGCCGGCCAUUCCUCACUCUGUCCCAUCCUCGCCACCUGAACAGCACCCAUGCAGAACUCCUGGAGGACUACUAUCAGAGUGGUCGAAUGUUGCUGCGGUUGUCCCAGGCUCUUGGUAGGAUUGUCCUCGCUGGAAGAGAGAUGACAAGAUUAUCAGGGUUUACAGCUCGCAUCACGGAAUUAAUGAAGGUUCUCAAGGACCUGAAUUCGGGCAAAUAUGAGCGAACAAUGGUUUCUCAAGACAAAGAAUCAGAAGGCUUGCAAAAAAUCCCCCUGAUUCCUGGUAGCGGAGAGAUUAUCAACGUUGACAAGAUUAUAAAGUUUGAUCAUACACCAUUAGCAACACCUAAUGGAGAUAUUCUGAUCCGAGACCUGUCCUUUGAGGUAAGAUCCGGAACAAAUGUUUUGGUCUGUGGUCCCAAUGGUUGUGGCAAGAGCUCACUUUUCCGUGUUCUUGGAGAACUGUGGCCUUUGUUUGGUGGGCGCCUCACCAAACCUGAAAGGGGGAAGCUUUUUUAUGUUCCACAGAGGCCAUACAUGACCCUUGGCACACUACGAGAUCAGGUGAUCUAUCCAGACACCCAAGAAGACCAGAAACAGAAAGGGAUUUCUGAUCAGGUAUUGAAGGAAUAUCUGGACAAUGUCCAGCUGGGACACAUCCUUGACAGGGAGGGAAGCUGGGACACUGUGCAGGAUUGGAUGGAUGUUCUCAGUGGAGGAGAGAAGCAGAGGAUGGCUAUGGCCCGAUUAUUUUAUCACAAGCCUCAGUUUGCCAUCUUGGACGAGUGUACUAGUGCUGUAAGCGUUGAUGUGGAAGAUUACAUCUACAGCCACUGCAGAAAGGUUGGCAUCACCUUGUUCACAGUCUCUCACAGAAAGUCCCUCUGGAAACAUCAUGAGUUUUACCUGCGCAUGGAUGGAAGGGGAAACUAUGAUUUCAAGCCCAUCACUGCAGAUACUGUGGAGUUCGGAUCAUAAAAUAAAACAGAAAUAAGCAAAUAUGCUGUGUCUAAAGAUCUCAAGUAACACUGCACUAAAAAUAAGUCAAAAAUAAUAAUUGUUUUUAAUAAUUUGUAACUUUUGUCAGUUUUCAUGAUGCUGUAUGUACAAAUCUGGAAGUCAAAUUAAUCUGUAGUAUGUUGCUAAUAAUUGUAUAUUUUGUUAAACUGUAAUUAGUACAUAACUUCCAGGCAAUAUGUAGAGAAGCAUUAAUAACAAUUAAGAUACAGGAAAACUGAGGUUAAGUAAGAUCUUAGUCAUUAAAAAAUAUAUUGCCCUUACAGUUCCUUCUAUGAGUUAGAUUUACGAAGCACAAGUUGGGACCUUCUAACUUGUCUUACCAGAACGUUUUACUUUAAUCCUAUUCCGUUAAAUGUUUUCUAAAUGUGAACCUCCAUUUUUUUAAACAGAAAAACAAGAAAACUGCUCAGUUGGUGCCUGACAUUGUAAGUGUUCAGCAUAUUGUAAUCAUCACAAGGCAAUUUUGAAAUGUAAAAAUUAAGAUAUAUUUACCUUUAUAAAAUUAAUGGGUUUUUUUUUUAUAGGACAAUGGUAACAUCAGAAUGCACUACUUAAUGGCAUGCACUUGGGUCUGAAAUACUGUAAUUUGAACUGUACAUUUUCAUUAAAAAAUGUAAAUGACUGA